AUGGAUCCGGAAGAUGAGGGUGAGCUUAGCUUUAACAAAGUGCCUCUGGGCGACAUACCCAAAGUACACUCCGUACCCAACCACCGUCCACACACCAGUCCACAUGUAUCAGAGACCUCGAAUCCGUCUACAUCAGGCCUUAUGACAGACAAACCGAACGAAGACAGAAUGCGAAAAUGUGAUGAUGAAGGCCCAGCCAAAGAAAAUGAAGGUUCUGUGUCGGAUUGGAUAUCGGGAGGGCCUCUGGGGUCUAAGGGCGCCGUUCUGGUAUUCAGAUCGUGCGUCCUCGCAUCUAGAAGUCCUUCCGUGGAAUCGGAGACCAAAACGAUAGGAAACAACACAGGGACUACAAUACUACUCAAUAAAGCUAAGAAUAUGGCGCGGAGAUUGGUAGCGGAACCGCACACAUUUUCCAUGAGAUCUAAAAAUAUAAUGCACGAUGUUAUGGAGACUUUUGGGACUAGUAAUUCUAAGUAUAAUGGGAGUGCUUACGUGGUUCGGCACGUAAGUGAAACGAACCUUGCUGAGCCGGUGUGUAUGGACGAGCAGGGCCACGAGGCACAGGACCCAAUGUCACACAAGAGGGACAUCGAAGACGUGCUCAAUGACUUGAGUAAGAUCACGCUGAAGAAACAUCUGAACAUAGAAAACACGACAGCUAACAUCAAGCCUCCUGAAGAACCGCCGCCCCAUGGUGCUUCUAAGGAUGGUAAAGAUGAAAAGAAAGGUAAGAAGAACAAGGGUAAGCACAAGCGUAAGACGCCGGUGUCACAGCGCGCGACCUCUCCUAGCCUCGACAGCGACGACUCGGAACAUCUGCUGGUCAAGGAAGUGGAGAGCGUCAAGGUCCUAGAAAGCAGUCACAUGCCAGCUCGUCUUCUGAAAAUCACGUACAAACUGGUGAAUACGGAGACAAAACUCCUGCACCGUUUACUCCAAGCUCAUGGUCUUCAGGAGGCAGUGUCUGAAACCAAAGACUUCAACCUCCUUUGGUCCGGUCUCCACCCGAAACCUGAUGUCCUAAGAUCCUUGUCACCGUACCAGCGAGUGAACCAUUUCCCCAGGCCCGAGCUGGUCAGGGAACUGCUGAACGCGCACGGCCUACUGGAGGUGGACCACGACAGCCCCACGUGGAACCUCAUGUGGUCCGCACCCAUGAUCCCCUUCGAUGUCCUCCAAUCCAUGCAGGUUUACCAGAAAGUCAAUCAUUUCCCAAGGUCCUACGAGCUGACCCGUAAAGAUAAACUCUUCAAAAACGUAGAGAAGAUGCAGUACUUCCGAGGAUUAAAGCAGUUUGACUUCAUCCCCACAACGUUCCUAAUGCCGGCCGAAUAUAAGGAGUUGUGCUCCACCCAUUAUCGGACUAAGGGACCCUGGAUUGUGAAGCCGGCCGCUUCGAGCAGAGGGCGCGGGAUUUAUAUUGUCAAUUCUCCGGAACAGAUACCAAAAGGCGAGAAUGUAGUAGUAGCAAAAUACAUAGACAAACCUCUUUUGAUCGGAGGUCACAAGUGCGACCUCCGUCUCUACGUGUGUGUGACCUCUAUAGACCCUCUCCUCAUAUACUUGUACGAGGAGGGCCUUGUGAGGUUCGCCACGGUGAAGUAUGACAAGACCAACAAGAACCUCUGGAACCCUUGCAUGCAUCUCUGCAACUACAGCAUCAACAAGUACCAUACGGAUUAUAUCAAGUGUGACGACCCUAACGCCGGCAAUAUUGGUCACAAAUGGACGCUAUCGGCCUUACUCCGGCACCUUCGCAAGCAGGGACGUAACACCACGGCACUGAUGGCGGCUAUAGAGGACCUCGUCGUCAAGUCCAUACUGUCCUCGGCGCAAACCAUCACCGCGGCCGCCAGGGUGUUUGUACCUAACUUUUUUAAUUGUUUUGAGCUGUUCGGCUAUGAUAUUCUAAUCGACGACAUGCUGAAACCGUGGCUGCUGGAAAUCAAUCUAUCUCCUAGCCUGGCGUGUGACAGUCCGCUGGACGCGCGCGUGAAGUCAGCGCUACUGGCAGACACUCUGACACUGGUGGGACUGCCCGCCGUGCCCAUGUCUAAGGCUGAUAUAUCCACGCAGAGCAACUCGCUCAAGAUGAGGAUUGGAGCGUGUCGCCGCGUACAUUCAGCAGAGAACGUGUUCGUCCGCGGCAAGCGUGCGUCCGCGGAUGCGCACGGCAGUGGCAACAGUGGCAACAGUGGCGGGCCCGCGGCCAGCGCCGCCGCCGCCAGCAGCUCGGGCUCCGGGGGCUCCGGGGGCUCGCUCACCGGGGAGGAGCUCCGCCUCGUCCGCGCUGUCAGGGCGCAGUACGCGCGCCGCGGGGGCUUCGUAAGAAUCUUCCCCUCACAAAAUUCUUGGCAGAAGUAUUCGCAGUAUUUAGACCCAGUGACGGGCAUCCCGGUGUGCUCGACGUCCCUGAACAACAACAUCCCGUACCAGGUGGUGCAGCACAACUACAACCUGCUGGUCCACUCGCACGUGCUGCCCCACUUCCAGCACGCCACCGUCGCCACCAGCCUCACCGACACGCCGCAGAGGCUAAAGCGUUACGAAACAGUGAGCAUCACUUGCCAGGCGCCGGCCGUCUGGUUGGGGGAGACUUCUCCUCAACAUCACGACACCAGGAGAGCUAAGGAACUCGUCAAACGACAGCUCAUGGAUGGGAUGAAGCUCACGAUGGGCGAAGCUCGUCGCGCCUUCGGUUUAUACCUAACGCACGUCUUGAAGCGGGUAUCAUCCCCCAGCAACGAGCUGGGCGUAGCGCACGCGUCGCUAGUACUUCGGUUCCUGCGCAAGGCCUCCGCAUCACUCCGUAUGCCUUAUAAUGGUCCCCCAGCGAAGAUGUGUGACAAGGACCGUUGCGCCGUGAUAGCGAAGCAACUGAACGACUUCCUGUACAUGUACUACCGGGAGACAGACCUCUACACUGACAGCGAGGACAAGGAGGGCUGCGUCUCCAAUAUACAGUUCGCUCAGUUCCUCUACUCCGCUAGCGAGGCAGACCUAGAAGACGUGUUGCUCCUGCAACUAAAGAUGGAGAACUACCAGACGACGUUCCUGGGCGACCCGCGCAACAUGUUCUGCGUGGACCUGCCGCCCGCGCGCCUGUGUGGCGAGGCCCCCGCCAGGCACACGCUGCUCAAACACCUCGCAUGUCUCUCGCACAACAACACGAGGAAGUACAGAUCUGAAUGGAUGACGUGGAUCAACACAGCUGCUAAAUUGGGGCAAUCUGACUCCCAAAGCCGGUCGGAGACAGACACGGAUAGCGAGCAGACGCGGCCUCCCUUCACCAACUCAGACGUGGUCCUCAAGGAGUCACUUAAGGAGGAGAAACCUUUCACUCAAGCCAUCAAGUAUGCACGCUCGUAA